ACUCUCUGACCCAUCAGAAAAACUGCUAAAAUAGAAUUUUGUUUCAUAGUAAAUCACCUGAAAACAUACUAAAUAUGGCUGUGAAAUUGCGAAACUGGUAGCACUGAUCACCUACGCUAAAAAUCAAUGAUUAUCGUUUAAUGUGUAUCUUUUUAAUUAUUGCCAGUUGCAACAAUGCAAUGCAGAAGACAGCUCCCGGAAAGUAGUUUUGUGCAUGAGUUUCUCUAACUUAUAUAGAGAAGUUGUCUUUUGUACUCCUUCCGCUAAUAGGACAUUUAGUGAGAAGCUGUUGGACACCUUGAGUAUAAUGGAGUCCUCAGUUAGUUCAGUUUUCUCGGAUAUGGUGUACAAUUGCAAGGGACAAAUAGUUCUCAUGCUUAGUGAAAGAGAAGGUCUUAUUCAGACAUAUGUUAAUGGACAUACCUGUGCGUAUGCUUUAUUUUUCCUGAAAGAUUUAUAUAUUUGUGGCACUAAUGAAAGAAAAUAUUCAGAAAUUCUGUCAUAUUUGAGAUAUACUUCAUAUAUGGUGUCACUUGAUGCCAAAAGGAUUGUAUUUCUCCCAUCGCUCAAGAAUAAAAUGGAAGACAUUACUUUUGAUCGACUAUACUUUGCACCUAAGGUAUGGGUUGGUGAGAGACCUCACUGUAGUACCUCACCGACAUACUGGGAUAUUCAGAGUAUUUUGCCUCAACUUAAAAUCUCACUCAGCCUUGUGUUUAAACAGACAACAUUAAACUUUUCAAAUGAACUACAUCUGCCACCUAACAACUUGAGACAUCAGUUGACAGACGUUUCAGGAAGAGUGAUCCAUAUAUUGAACAGUAAAGAUGCAGUAUUAGCAGUUCAAGCAGAGAAUUUGAGUCUUAACAUAAUUUUCAGUAUUCAUUUUCUUUAUAUCAAUAACCAGAAAUGUGAUGAGAACAGAGACAUAGCAGAUUAUGUGCAAUUAAGGAUGUUACUACAUUGCAACGCAAGGAGACUACAGAAUGAUACUGAUAUUUUUAUGGCAACAUGUAUCUGGAGUGGAACGAAACCUUCACCAGUUGACAUAUUUAGUGCUUGUGUUCCCAAAGCUUGUUCUGUAGCCAAACUGCGCAAAGCAGUAACUUACACUGGAAUAGUAGUUGAACUUUCACCACCUAAUGCAGCACUUCUUUUAACAACAGUUGGAAGAAAGAGAGCAUACGUUAUCAUAGAGGUUGAAAAGCUAAGUCUACAAGAGAAUGAUGAACCACUCAGUGGGGAUAGUUGCAUUGAUGAUUAUAUGGAUCUUACAGAUAUAGCUUUCUUCCAAGUUAGGCCUGCAAAAAAUGCAGAAGAAUUCUAUUUUGCUCAGCGUGCUUGGCUCCCAUUAAAAAUGGAAAUAAAUGAGAAUAUUUAUAUGGUGUCUGAUGACUGUAAAUUAAGAAAAGCAGGAAUGUUUCUGGAAAAGGCGUACAGAGACUAUCGAGCUGCAGUGGAAAUAGUAAAUGUUAAAAACAAAACUGCCAUUGAAAUUGCUGCAGAAUGGUCUCAAGGAAUAGGAGAAAACACUCAAGAAUAUGCUAUUAUUAAACUAAAUGAAAUUACACAGAACAUGCAGAUAGACUCCAGCAUAACUGACGAUUUACCAACAUUCUGCAAAAACUCAAUUAUUAAUGAUAAUGCUGCUGAAUGGUUACAUGGAAAUAAGGAAAACACUGGGGAAGUUGACAUUAUUAAAACAAAUGAGACUACACAAAAUAUGCAAACAGACUCUAGCAUACCUGAUGAUUUAUCGAUAGACUGUAAAAAUUCAUACAUUAAUGGCAGUGUUGCAGAAUGGCUCCAUAGUAAUGAAGAAAACACUCAAGAAGCUGAGAUUAUUGAACUAAAUGAGAUUGCACAGAAUAUGCAGACUGACUCCAGCAUAGCUGCUGAUUUAUCAACAGGAUGCAAAAACUCAUUUAUUAAUGAUAGUGAGAACAGAGAUAAUGAUGAACUAAUUUUCUGUGCUAAAGUUAAGGAUAAUCAAAAUGAUGAAGGUGAAGAUAAUUUGGGAACAGAACAGUUCGAAAUAAAUACUACACAGUGUAUCACUCUUGGAAAUAGUAGUUGUGCCAGUAACAAUGUGUCUGAAAAUGUUGUUAUGCCUAUGAAUAUCGAAAACAAACCUGGAAAUUUAAAUUGGGCAAGUGAACAACUCAAAAACUACACUGGUGUAACAUCUAUUUGGGAGUCUUCAUCAGAGAAACAUCAGCAGUUUUCAGAUUUCAGAGAUUUAGAAAAUGGUCCUGUGUCUUUGAAUAAUGAAAAUAUCCCACAAAAGUUCAGCUGGGCUGAUGAAGAGCCAGAAGAAAAUGAUGUAUCAAUAUUUAAUUCUGAUUAUUUACCUAAUAGCACUCAUUGUUCUCCUGUGAAUUCUGAGAUCAAAGUAAUCAGUGAUAGGAAAACACAUAAUGUUUUGCAGCACAAAGACAGUACAGACAGAACCAAAGAACAGGAUCAAAGCAAAAAGAACUCAGGUAAUGGAGAUGAAUCUAAAAGGGGUGAGUUUACCACAUACAAAAAUUCUGGUUAUAAAAUCCAUGGAGAUGAAAAUAAAUUUAAUAAUUUCUUAGAUUCAUCUCAGAAAAAAAUUACAGAUGUAUCAGCAAACAGAGAAACCUUUAGAUCUUGUCCAACUGAGAAAGUCCACUGUGCCAGUGAGAACCUGAAAAAUGCCAUGAAGUAUUUAACCAACUGCAAGAAACUACAUUACGUAGGUGUUGUGUGUCGUGUGGUGGCUCUGAUGACAGACAACAGAGGCGUGCUCUGUCUGGGAGAUGAUUCAGAAGCAGAAUUUCUUACUGAAAGUUUCAUUGGAAUCUCAGCAGAUUGUGUGCAAGCUGGGAUGGAAAUGAAGUGUGUUGCCAGCUGUUCAGGGUAUAAGAAGUUCGUUGCAUGGUGUGUGUGGUGUGGAAAUAGUACCCCGCCAAAAGCAGCAGAAAUUUCUCAUUUGUUAGAGGCAACUUCAGAUGCCCUCAACACAUUGGCAGCAAAUGCAUUAUAUGGAAGCCAUGUAAUUGCACUCGCACCAAAUACUGCCUUACUUGCAAUAAAGAUAAGGAAGCAAGACAUUCCAGUCCUCCUGACUGGUGACAUAGCAAACCAACUGGGUGAUCUGAGUAUGGGAGACUUUCUUGAAGUUAAGGUGAGGAAAGUGCCGUUUGGAAAUCCACAGUCCAAAUGUUUUUACUGGGAAGCGUCUGAAGCGAAGAGAGGCCUUUCAUUUGCUGAAGAACUUCUGCAGCUAAAAGAAUUUUCUUAUAAAGGGUUCCUUCGAAAAUCUAUUUAUAAAGCAUCUAAAACAACAAACAAAGCAAGGAAACAUAGUCAGAGUCAUAGUGCUUCAAGUCAUCUGCCCCAGGAUGUGGAUGAAAAAACAGUAAAUGCAUAUGAUUCAAAAAAUACUCCUAAAAUCAAAGACAAAAACUAUGAUCCAACAGGUAUUGUCCCAUCUAAGUCAUUAAAUGCAAUAGAAAAGGCUACUGAUGCUGAAAAGAUUACAGAAAAUAAAGAACAUUCUGAGCUCAAGAAUGAAUGUUCAGCAAAGGAAGAAUCUACUUCAGAAGUAACUGGUUUUGUUGAAAGUGUCUGUUGUUGGUAUGCUAUGAUUUCCUUUGAAUUGUCUGGUAAAACUGAAAAAGCUCUUUGCUAUAAGAAUGCACUAAUCACUAAUAGCAGUUUACCUCUUGCACAAGUUCUGACUGUUGGAAAAUGUGUCAAGCUAAAUAUUCAGUUAUUAAAUGCUCCAUUUCAAGGAGCCUGUUACCGGGCUGCAAAUGUUGAAUUGAUCGAAGAAGAGUCCGUUAUGAGUAAAACAGACUUGAAAAUUAACACCACAGCUACCAAGAGAGUAACUUUUGCUGAAGAAGAAAAUAUGUCAGUGCGAAAAAGUGAAACACAAAUACUUGGUCGAACCUCCGGAACAAGAAACACGCUAGAGAACAAAGGGCAAAUCGCUAAAGUGAAACCGAUGAUACAUCAACAGUCAUCAUCAGUUUCAUUGAGUCAGUCAUUUACUUAUCACAACAGAGCAUAUGCCCAGCCAAGAGAGUACACUCUAAUGACAAAUAGAGGAGGCCGUCAGUAUCUUACAACUACAAUUAAAAGCCAUGCUGCCAAAAUUAAGAGCUACAUAUCAGAAAAUGAAGCUGUGAUGGAGACUAACAUGUUUGGUGUGUUACUGGAUGUCAGGUUCACAAGAAACUUGUUUGAACUUCCCAGUUACAGCAGAUCAUUAAGUCUGCAAGAUUUUCUAAGCAUAGGACAAGACGUAUAUUUUGAUGCAUGUGUAACACGACCCUUGGAGUCGAAUUCUCCCAGCCUUUUCACAGUUGUUGUUAAAGGAGUGUGGCAGGGUAGAAGACAAAGAAGAUUUAAUUCCAGGCGGCUCAUUCCGCUGCCUAUUAACAGUCCCCGACAAUUGCGUGAAGGCCCAGUUUACAGAACAACUGUUGUUGAAAUGCGACCGCCAUUCGCAUUUGUUGUUGAGGAAAUGUUCGGCCAUGAAAAGAUAUUUGUCUUCAAUCGUGCAUUUCGGCCUGAUGGUGAACAUGGAGAUAAUAUGUUAGCUAACCAAAAUAUCACACAAUAUGUACAACCUGGGGAUGAAGUACUAGUCACAGUUUAUCGUAAUUCUCCAGAAUUUCACUAUCAGUUUGAGUGGAGUGCUCGGGAUGCAUGGCCUGCUAGAACACGAUUUACAGCACAUCAUCAGAAAGGGAAGGUGGCAUUCAUUGAAGAGACAUGGGGAUUGUUAACUACUUCCUUUGAAGCUGUUAUGCUUCAGAAUGAGAACAUAUAUCGCCAGGGACAGCCCCUUGUGAUUAAUAAUUUAAAGGAGUUUAUUAAAAAAGGGGAUAUUAUAUGUUUUAAAAUGAGUCCAGUGAAUCCAGGAAACAGGUAUCCUGGGAAAACUACUGCUGUGUUUUUGGAGUGCCAGUGCUGAAUAAAUAUUUUAACUUAAAAUUUAAUUUCUUCUUUGCAACAAAAUGUCUUUUUGUAAAUGUGAACAAACUGGGUUGGUGUUAGAACUAAUUUGUUCUUAAAAGAUAAGAUAGUUAAUGUUACAAAAUAUUGAUUUAAAUCUCUACUUCAGGCUUUAUUUUUUAUACUGUCGCUUAAUUUCCAUGUAAAUAAGUCAUGCAGCGCGUAGGCAGGACAACCAUGUGGCAAAGUAGAUAACAUACAAUGAAUACAAAGCUACAUUUCCCUAACACUGUGGGCAGGUAUGUAUUCACAAGGCAAUGUUAAAACACCAGAGAGACAUACAUUCCAUUUGGCUACUAUGUAAUCCUACCUACACAUUUAUAUCCUGUAACACCUAUGUCAUGUGCAGUUUUUAUAGUGAGUAUGCUAUACUGUCUUCCUAUCAAGUACAUGCAGGAUGCUUAUCAAGAUCAUAUCUUUACAUUACUUUCUGCUUGACACACAAUAAAAUUUUAAUAGGAUA